UGAAUCGUUGAGCAGAAGUCAAGGGGAAAAAUGCCGCGCACCAAGCAGAACCACCCCAAGAACCUGAAAGAUAAAAUCGAAGAGGCACAGAAAGAGCUUAAAGAACCCAAGAGCACACAGAAAGGCAUAAAUGAAAGCAGCAGUAGGAGCUCAGAGGGAAUUAAAGGGCUGAAGAGGAAAAAGAUUGUUGCAGAAAACCAGCUAAAAUAUCCCAAGUCUCCAGUCAAGAAACCCUCCCAGACCAAGAAGUCCAUUCCAUCACCUCAUGGUGCCUCAUGCAAGGAAGCCACACCCUCGUACUCUUUUUCCAGCAGUCCAUCACAUACUGCUCAAACAUCAGCCCAACACAAAGACACUGAGGAUGAUCAGCAGGUGGCGCUGUCACCUGGAACAGUAAAAGCGGAACAUAAAGAUUUGUCUCCUUCAGAUCUGCAGUGUCCUGAGCACGCCAGUGGUGCAGAUCAAACUGUUGCCAGCAAGUCUGUAUAUAAAGAAAACUGGAGUGAGAAAACUAGCAACGAAGGUGGAUCUCCCUCACAUUCAAGUGCUCCUUUAGAGGUUCUGCUUAAGGCUAUGGAACCAGAUUUUAAUACACUGACAGAGAGAAAGAACAGCAAUCCGGUUGGCCACCUUGGAAAAUCUGACGCUAUUGUUGCUGUCCCAUCUGAGGUCUCUGUGGCCAUGCCAGCUGUUAAUGCUGGUCUUCAGUCUCAGCCUGUGCUGAUGCAACCCUACAAUGCAGCCAAACAACAGUUUUACACAAGUAUCCCAUCAACUGUACAAACUUGCACGCGUUCUUCUCUUCAACCAACCUCACAGCAGUUCCUGACGAUGGCUUCUAAUCGCCAACAUGAAAAGCCAGGUCUCCCGAAGAUUUAUACUGCAUUGCCACCUGCUAGUUUGACUCAUGCGCCAGUUCCUUCAGGCUCCAGUGCUUUGCCUCAGAGUCAGCCACCAGUGGUGCAAACAUGCCAGUCCCUUUCAGCCUCUGUCCCUAACCCUAUCCAAGUCCCUGUCACUCCAGGAUAUAAUCCUGUUCAGGUGGCAACUGUUGUCAACUUUAGUAUGGACCAGAUGUCUGGCAUUACAGCAAAAGAACAAAAACCGAAAAAACAAGGGAAAUAUGUCUGUGAGUACUGCAGCAGAGCAUGUGCAAAACCAAGUGUUUUACUGAAGCACAUACGAUCCCACACAGGAGAAAGACCCUAUCCUUGUGUAACAUGUGGCUUUUCUUUCAAGACCAAGAGCAAUCUGUACAAGCAUAAGAAAUCUCAUGCACAUGCCAUCAAACUUGGACUUGUUGUGAGAUCAGACUCUGGGAGUGGAUCAAUGUCCCAGGAAUCUGACAAAGCUCUAGGUACACAUUCUGAUGUGGAGGAAAGUGGUGAGAGUGAUGAAGAAAGCAGCACAGCUGAUUUAGACCCAGACUCCUCACAGAGCAGUGUGACAGCUUUGUCUGAGAGCAGUUUGCUCAGUUCAGGCACGGUACAAGGUAGCCAAGGUGAGGUAGAACACCCAGUGGUAUUUGAAACUCUCAAACCAUUGUCAAGUCAAAAGGGUUCUGAACCCAAAGUUACUGCUGCACUCCCUAAGGUAGUUGUAUACCCUGUAAAUGUAUCACCUUUGCGGGCAGACAGUCCAAGAGUCACAGAUUCCACCCCAGAACAGGCUACAGCUCAGAGACAAAGGGACUUUCAGACAGCUAACCUGAGAUCCAAUGUAACAGUCCUUUCUUCCCUUAAAGAGGUGGAUUGUGUAAGCCCCUUACAGGACUCGAUAAGCGAAGAUGAGGAUCAACAGUGUAAGUCACCACCUGGGGGCGGACAUGCACAGCUACAGCGGCAACAAGCUACAGACUGUUCCCAGCAGCCCCAGGGAAAGUGUUUGUUGAGUCCACGUAGUUUAGGCAGCACAGACUCUGGUUAUUUUUCACGUUCAGAGAGUGCAGACCAAGCUAUGAGUCCCCCAAGUCCUUUUGUAAAGAUUACUCCACCAACGGACAUAGAUCUAGUAAAAAAUCCCCUUGUACUUUCUUCCCCUGUGGUGCCUACUGUGAUGCACGUUGCCCCGGUUGAAAAGCCACAAACUGUACAAGGACAAAUGCGGCCACCGCUGGAAGCUAAAGCUCUUUCACUAGAGGAGCGCAUCUCAAAACUGAUAUCUGAUAAUGAGGCUGUGGUUGAUGACAAGCAGCUAGAUAGUGUCAAACCCAGACGGACUUCUCUCUCCAGGAGGGGCAGUAUAGACUCCCCCAAAUCUUACAUUUUCAAAGACUCAUUCCAGUUUGAUCUGAAACCUAUGGGAAGAAGGUCUAGUUCCAGCUCUGACAUACCAAAGUCUCCCUUCACACCGACAGAAAAAUCUAAGCCAGUAUUUCUUCUCUCUGUUCCUUCUCAGUAUCCACCCAUGGACUGUUUACCAAUAACGAGAAGUAAUUCAAUGCCAACCACACCUGGCCAAUCAGCCAUUCUACCUAAUGCCACACCUCAACCUUACCCGCUAAGGAUCUGCCAUUCUUUUGAUGAGAAAAUGACUUCCCUCAAUGAUGAUGUUUUUUCUCCAGCCCCUUCCACCCCUAAUCCAGCUGUGCAUCCUCGCACCUUAGUGCGGCAGAUAGCAGUUGUCGAAGAUCUGUCAACAAGUGAAGGUCACAGUCUCCCCUCUGUUCGUUCCAUGGAUGAAAGUCAUGGACCAAGCAUUUCUACAGAGAUGAUGCAAAGAAGUAAAUCAUUUGAGCAUGGACCAGAAAGAAACAGAAAACCUCAGCAGAGCAAAGGGACAAUGUAUGAGUGUGAGACUUGCCGUAACCGGUACAGAAAAUUGGAAAACUUUGAAAAUCAUAAGAAAUUUUAUUGUUCAGAAUUACAUGGCCCAAAAAACAAGCCUGUGGCUGUAAGAGAGACAGAGCAAGACGUUUUUGUGCGCAGUCUGCAACAGCCACUCGUGAGUAGAACGGCUGUUGUUCAAGGCAUAGUCGAUCAACCUUUAAUGAUCAGGAAAAGAAGGAAAAUGAAAAGUGUUGGGGAUGAUGACGACCAGUCCCCCACUGAAACUACUCCUCCAUGCUCAAGAAGUUUUGAUUCCUGCCAAAUACCAGCAAAUGUGUUAAGUGGACCAUAUUCUCAGCUCACCCAACCUGUCAACAGCAUACCUCAAGUAACUCAAGUACAACUGAUUGCAAGAGGUGCAGACACAUCUGAUUUAAGACUGUCUCCAAUAAGAGAGACUCAGAUUAGCACCUCCACUAAAGAUAGAGAUUUGCAAAGACAAGGAAGUGGUACAUCUGUUAUUCGGCACACUAAUUCUCUCAGCAGGCCAAAUUCCUUUGAAACAUCUGAGUCCAUAGACCGAUCAUCACCGGUUGAUCCUUUUGAAAAAGAUACCCAGAAUACAGUGAAAACAAAUGUAGAAGCUUCAGGUAGCCAAGCCAUGCAAAAUUAUCAUGAUAAAAUGUCAACGCCCAAAUGUUCCAAUCAUGACAAAUUUGGAGUAGACCGUCACGAGGCUAGAACAUCUGCAGUGUCCAGUGAACUUACCACACCAGUGCAGCAAUCACGGUUAGUUCGCCAAAAUAACAUUCAAGUUCCCGAAAUCCUAGUUACAGAGGAGCCUGACCGGGAGCAUGAGAAUCAGACGAAUGAGUCAACAGACAAGCCACUGGAAGCAUUUAAUUGGCCUCAGAGAAGUGAAAGCCUGUCUAAGCUCCCAACAGAGAAGCUUCCCCCAAAGAAGAAGAGGAUAAGACUGGCUCAAAUGGAGCACUCCUCUGGUGAAUCUAGUUUUGAGUCAAGUCUGUCUCGUAGUCUCAGCAGGGAGAGUAGCCUGUCACAGUGCUCCAGUGUCUCCGCCUCCUUUGAUAGGGAUGAGCCACCAAGGUCGGAUAGUCCAUCUCGGGUGGAGAGCGUUGGGAAAUCAUCGGAGGUUCAAGGGCCAGUGGGAUGCAACACUCUCGGAGUUCCAGGAAUGAUGAGACGUGCUGCCUCAGAACAGAUCAGCUGCACUCAACCAUCAGUGGAAAUUUCUUCUGACUACCGCAGCAAAUCCUUUGAUUGUGGCAGCAUGUCACCCAACAGGUCAUUGUCACCAAUGGGAACUAGCUUGCCUAAAAAUACCCAGCCUGCUUCAACGCCGCAGGUACCACUGAUUGAGAGAAGAAGGGGUCCUCUCAUGCGUCAAAUGUCUUUGAAGAUUGGACCAGAGACUCAGCCACAUGUUGGAAAGCAAACUGUUGCACUCCAGAGGGCCCCCACAACCAACAUGUUCUCUGUCUCCCAACAAAGGUUACAAAGUGUAAAUAGAACUACACCUGUUCAGCCUUUGGUUUUACAUUCUGGUGAGACACCACUGCAGAAGAAUGAGCAGAUGGUCCAAAGCAUCAAUCUGGGGAGCCAGACUCAGCAUCCUCAAGUUCAUGGUCUUCCUCACCCAUGGCAUCAGACCUCAAGGGUUGUAGCAGGCCAGAAAAUCCAAUCCUUAGUACACGUUGUGGCUAGUCAGACAGAUGCUCAGAAAUCUGUUGACAUACAAAACAAGAGCACUUUUGUACCCAAGUACCAACUUCAAUGCCCUGUCAUGAAAUCAAACCAAACAUACUCUUUCACUGGCAUGCAGGGUGCUCAAAUAGCCUUACCAGUUAUCACAAUUCCGGUUGCUAAUGAGAUUAAAGUCUCAAAGUCCAAUGAUGGAAAUCAAAAUAACUAUGUAGCAAGUCACCAGACUAUACCCAAUAAAUCAUCAGUUACCUUGCCUGUUGGUUUUCAAGCUGAUGUCACUUCUCAAAUUGUAGCAGGACCUACCCCUGUACCACAGAUCCUAAUCACACAUGAACAUACAUACCCACCUUCUACCAUGACUUGCAACACCAGUCUUUCUUCAAUGCAUGUUGUAAGCAGUGAUCUGAAGCCCAGAUCAGAUAUUCAGAGUGACAGACCACAAGUUUCUGUUGGCAUUCAAAUGAAAAACAGCAGCGAGUCCAACAACCAGAAACAUAAUAGCAAUAGUCAAAGUACUCCCUCCCUUGGUUCAUUGCACAGUUCUCAAAAAUUGGCAGCAGUGAACCUCUCCCCACAGCAAGAGCCCAUCGCCUCAAGUAAGCGUAUGCUCUCCCCUGCCAACAGUCUGGACAUCGCCAUGGAGAAACAACAGAAGCGAGCCAAAGAUGAACAUGGCGCUGCUUGUCUUACCGAUGGCAGGUCACUCAAUUACCUGAAUUCAAAGAUGGCCGAGGUGACCAGGCAACGAAAAUUAACACUGGUCAGACAAGUCUGCACGACUGAGCCUGUGGACAGCCCAAUUGAAACUGAUGCACCCGAGCAGUUGCAGGAGAGCACACAGGCUGAUAAAGAUUUGCAGACAAUAGACCCCAAGUCUACAACGUCUGACAUUACUGAAGAAGCUAUGGACAAUAAAUCACCUACUACACCAGUUCAACACACACCAGCAUCUACUAUGUACUCUUCUCCUGGAAUUCAAAGCUCACCUGUACAAGGAAAUUCCUCCCUGAAGCCACAGGAGAAGCCAGAAGAGCAGCGUUGGACCCCAGUUAAAUCACCUAUAAGGCCCUCAAACUUUCAGGGACAAGUUAAAUUGGCCUCUUCUGUUUCUGUUGUCAACACUCGAGACAGCCAUCGCCUUUCUUUCCCCAGUUUGAAAACAUCUACCACUUUCACCUGGUGUUACCUUCUGAAAAGGAAACCCCUGCAUGUUCUGCAGACAGAUCAGAGGAUAUCAGCAUACUCUACCUGGGCAGUCAAUCCAAACAAUCCUAAUCCACUUGGACUUCCCACGAAAGUGGUCAUGUCUCUCUUUGACUCCAAACAGAUUUCCAAAAAAAUACACUACACCCAAGCUAUAACAACAAGUUUGAAAUCUGAUAUCUUGACUUACUCUGGGAAGUUGAAGGAUGUCUUGCCAAAGGGCUUGAUUCAACAGAAGUCUGUGUCUACUGAGAAUAAUGUUAAAGCAAAACCAGAGACUCAGCCAAGCAAUGAGUCAGACAGGGACUCAGCUGCAUCCAAAGCUGAACCCCUGCGAGUGAAGAUAUUUGAUGGAGGCUACAAAUCAAAUGAAGAGUAUGUGUAUGUGCGAGGUCGUGGACGGGGGAAGUACAUCUGUGAAGAGUGUGGAAUCCGCUGCAAGAAGCCAAGCAUGCUACGGAAACACAUCCGUACCCACUCUGAUGUCCGACCUUAUCACUGCAACCAGUGCAACUUCUCUUUCAAGACUAAAGGAAACCUCACAAAGCACAUGAAGUCUAAGGCCCACAGCAAGAAGUGUAUGGAGAUGGGUGUUUCUGUCAACCUUUCCGAGGACCAGGAAACAGAAGACCCAGGUGAUAGAGGAAGAACAAGCAGUGCUGAUCGCCCUGAUUCAGAUGGUGACGAGUCAGAUGGUCCUGACGACGAGGAUAACGAUGGCGAGGAGGAGGAUGAGGAGGACAGCCAGGCUGAGUCUGGACUUUCUGCCACUCCUUCCAUCUCUGCCAGCCCACAGCACAUGCCCUCCGCCCAGCCUGACACAGCUCCCAGCUCUCUCCUUGCUCAGAUGUCCAUAAGUCCGGGCCUGGCCCCACACCCUCAGCCCCCCGUCACCGAUUCCCAAACCUCAGACACAGAUUCUGUUGCCAUGAUGAGUCCCGUCUCAUUGGUCAGGCAGAUGUCAAUCUCCGCCUCCUGCUCUAGCCCUGGUCCCAUUCCCUUCUCUUCCCCCCUGGCCCCCGCCUCCGACUGCCAUACCUCAGAUACUGAGUCGGUCCAUAUGAUGAGCCCAGUUUCUCCCUGCAGGCAGAUGUCCAUCGACUAUCCCGACUUUGACGUACCCCCUAGUCCCCCAGUGCUGGGCAAGGGCUCCAAGCUUGGUCAGGCUGGACCGGCUAAUUCUGCAGCACACCCUAUUACUGAGUCAAAUGGCAACGUUGACCGGGGCACACAGACGUCUUCCUAUGCCCCUCUUCAAAGCCCCUUACACUUUCCCACCCAGAGUCCAGUACUUGAAACUAGGGCUGGGGCCCCCACACACCUCUUUAGCCAUCUACCCUUACACUCCCAACAGCCUGCACGUUCCUCUUACAGCAUGGUACCUGUAGGUGGUAUUCAGCUGGUACCUGCUGGCUUGGCUGCCUACUCCACGUUUGUGCCUAUCCAGGCAGGACCUGUUCAGCUAACCAUCCCAGCUGUCAGUGUCAUCCAUCGCAACAGCAGCCCCCUCCCUGCACCAAACACCCCUCCUCAGCCUGAAGGAUCCCCUACACAACCACUUGUGGUCCAAGAGCCAGUUAGCAGUGUCCUGCCAUGUUUUCCACUAGGCCAAGUCACUAGUCUCCAAGCCCUCAGUGCUCCCCAAGCCUUGCAGCCGGUCAGCUUAGAGACACUCAGUGUUGUGGGGCUGGCUAACUCUGGGCUUGCGCCAACACAGCUUGUCCCGCAGCAGAGCCUGGCGCUAAAUGCCACUCUUGGUGUGCAGGUAUUAGCUGCCAGCCCAGCUCCUCAGAGCAGCACUGCAUCCCAGACUCAGAUCCCAGGUCUUCAGAUCCUCAACAUUGCUCUGCCUACACUUAUUCCAUCGCUUAGCCCUCUCUCGGCCCUCAGCCCACUCCCUAUGGCCACAGAUAAACCCUGCAGUCCUGAGGGCGUGGGAUCUGUCCCUGCCCAUGCUGCAGAGUCCCCACCCUCAGCCGGUGCCACCAUGGCAGUGCCAGUAUCACCUUCCAAAGUAAGCAGCUCUCCUGAUGCAACCCCUCAGUCCAGGCCAGACUCAGGGCCUGGAGGUGUUGUCACUCCCAACACCGAUGCAGGGGAAAAGCCUAAGUCACCACCAGAACCUCAUCCUUCUUCCUCCUCCCCUGCUACACCUUCCUCCACUGAAAGGGGCACAGAAGCUUUGCACAGGGCACCAGAAGGAGGAAGUGAAAAGAAGCUCCCCCGGCAGCCUCUUUCCAUGCGACAGGCAACUGACGAAGACAACGAAGCCUCUAGUGAUGAUGAAGACAGACUUGUCAUUGCUACCUGAAAGCCCCUUGACAAAGCUCUUCUCU